AUAUCUCCUAAUGAGCUGAGCUUAGGCCAGGAGUUUUGUGCAGCGCAUUUCGGAGUGCGCCAGUUUGCCUCAUACGAAGGUAAGCAAAUCCCUCUCACGUUUUUCGCUUAAAACAAUCGAGCUCGUUAGGGUUUUGUUUUCCUCUCGUCGCGAUCACUCUCCAAUACCACCAGAUUAGAACCCAUCAAUAUAGUCUUCAUGGGGGUGAUUGAGCAAAGAGUAGCAAGAUAUGUACAAUGGAAUAGGGUUACUGACUCCGAGAGGGUCUGGAACCAAUGGCAAUAUCCAGACGAACAAGUUCUUCAUCAGGUCCAAGACUGGCAAGGUCGCUGAAAACUCCAGAGGGUUUGAGGGAGACCAGGGCAUGGCUGGCGUCACAAAGAAGGCCAACAGAGACAUCCUUGAGCAUGAUCGCAAGCGCCAGAUUGAGCUCAAGCUUGUGGUGCUGGAGGAGAAUCUGAGCGAUCAGGGAUUGACGGAGGCUGAGAUUGGUGAGAAGGUCGCCGAGGCUCGGAGGACUCUGGAAGCUGCUGCCGCUUCUGAGGAGAUUGGUGGAACCACUGCUAUUGUUCUUGGAGAUAAGAAGUUACAUGGCCUCAAAGCUUUCUAAACUGAAUCAAAUCGUGUACUGUUGAGAGCUUCACUUUGUGCCACUGGUGACGGAGAUGGAGUUGUGGAUGAUUGUAUCGUUGGCAUAUUAAAUCCUACUGUUUUUCUUGGGUCUGUAUGAGAUUUUGUAAUACAUUUAUAAUCACAUUGUGUUAGGUGGUCUUUUAAUAUUUUUAUUGGCCAUCUAAUCUAGACCUGGAAUGCUGUUAUCUAUCUUGUUAUUUUGUAUGAAGAAUCUGAAAUCGAGUGUUCUUUGCCUCAUUAGCAGGAUGCAAUGGUAUCUAUAGUAUCAUGGUACUGCUAUUUCUUGAACUGCCUUGAUAGGAG